UUGUGUUCUCUUCUUAUCUUCCAAGUUUAGUGCAACUAGAAAUCAACCAACGGAGCAAGAGGAAACCCAAAGAUUGCUUUUAUCAAAAGAAACGAAAGAAACUGAGAGCUUCUUCAUUGACGAGGAGAAGGAAGUCGCUGUGGUUUAUAUUGUAUUCGAAGAGAUAAACCAAUCAAGGGCGAGACCUAUUGCUAUCAAACCGCCAAGAUGGAUACCUGAAAUCUGUGAGUGUCGCAGAAGCUCCGGAGUGUGGACUUGAUGAACUAUUUGUGAUCUCUUCUUAUGUUCCAACUUCCAAGUUUAGUGCAACUAGGAAUCAACCAGUGUUGCAAGAGGGAACACAAAGAUUGCUUUUAUCAAAAGAAAAUAAAAGAAAGAAACAAUUAAAUUUAGUUAAUUAUGUAGUUUCUAUUGAUUUUCAUGUCGUUUUGAACAGAACUAUUGAUGGUCUUGUGUUUUGCUAUAUUCAAUCUCAUCUAAUAAAGAAAUGUUUUUACUCUUUUGUAUUGUUCCUCUGUAGAAGUUGAAUACAGAAGUUUUUGGCUUCCUUUGAAAUAGAAUUUGGUGAAAAUAGUUAACACUUAAUGAACUUAAUUAGGGAUAGUACAACAGCAAUUUACAUUGCAACAAAUCAUGUAGUCCAUGAGAUUGCCACUUUGUUCGUGAACAGCUAGACAAGGGAUUCUCAAAACACUACAUGUUUGAAUUAAAGAUCAAGUGGCGGACAUACUAAACAUUUGACUCCUCAUCAAUUUGAACAUUUAAAAUCUAAGAUGAACCGACAUAACGUUUUGGGAAAGCUCGUCUUGAGGGAGAGACUAGUGGAGUGUGGUUGGUUGAAGUCUGGUUAGAUCGGUUCUUAGAUGACUCUCUUAUGCUUAUGCACAGUAUAAAUUUUUUUUUUGUGCACAAAUUUCAUUAAUCGAAGCCUAAGCACUUCAAUUACGACCGGAAAUAUGUUGGACAAUAAGAUGGACAACAAUAACAGUAAUACGAUAAAACAUGGGAUAGAAGUGUUAAAAGGAAAGACUUUCUGAAAUAAAGAGAUCUGCGGACAGUGCCGUCCCGGUAAAUUUGGUGGCCUAAAGCAUAUUUAUAUACAAUAUUAUAUAUUUAUAAAAUAUGAACAUAUAUAUAAAUAUAUAUAUAUAUAUAUAUAUAUUAUAUUUUCUAUUUGAAAUAUAAAAUGAUAUAGUAGUUUAGUUACAUCAGAUUAAUAUCAGAUAAUUAGUAGAUAUUUUAGUAAAAUAAAAAUCACUAGUUUGUUUUAAUUAUUACUAGGGCCGGCCCGCCCUACGAGCGGGAUGAUACUUUGAAAAUUAUGUAAAUAAUUAGAAUAAAUAUUCAAUAUAAUUUUUAUAUUUUAAAAUAUACAUAUUAGUUAAAUUCAGUAAAUGUUAUUAUAUUUGAAUAUCUCAUGCCGUAUUGAUAAGUACUUUUUUUUUUCAUGGUGCCAUCACAUCAUUUUUUAGUAAUUUUCGGGAGCCGGAUGAAUCUAAAAGUAUCGUGACGAAAGAGACGAACUUUUAAUUAUAGAUUAAGUAUAUGUUUAUUUGUAAAAUUUAUUAUUAGGUCGGUUAAUUAUUGAGGUUAAUUAUUAGUUGUGUAAACCGUAAACAAUAAUAUUAAAAUAUUGUAGCUUGACAUGUUUGACAUCUUAAAUUUGAUAUAAACCAAUCAAAGAUGCAUUGGUGGUGAAAAAUAUGAUUGCAUGGUACUUUGUUGAAUUCUUUUUGCUUACAAUAUUGUUAAUGAAUACAACGCAUAGUUCAUCUUCUUUUUUAGGUGCGAGUGUCCUAAUAUAUAUAUCUGAAUCAAUAAUUACACAAUAUAUCUGGAUAUUAGAUGCACCUCAUAAGUUGUUAUAUGAUAAAAACUUUCAUAACCACGGCAUAAGUAUCCAAUUAAGAGUAAAAUAUAAGCUAAAAUUAAUAAUAUAUAUAUAAAUUAAUAUUUUAAACCCAAUAAAGCAUUUGACUGAAAUAAAUAAUAUAUAAUGAUCAAAUCUUAGGGAUUUUUAUGUUUUUUCGUACUUAGUAUAUAUUAUGUGUUGAACUUGAAAAAAUGACUAUAAAUUAAUAAGCUACUUAGUUGACAACUGCUCUGAUAAGUAUUCUUUAUUUGCGAUAUAGUAUAAAUUGUAAGCUAGUUUUAUAUAUUUUUCUGCGUGGCUCGUAUCUAUCUGUAAGUUACAUUGUAUUUUUAUACAUACAAUUUAUUAGUAAUAUUUGUGAAAAUUACAUUCGGUUAGGCCCAUUUAACUAUAUGUACCAUUCGAUAAGUAUUCUUAUUUCUUUUAUUCGGUUUGGUUUUUAGAACUACUAAUUAUUACGUUUCGCUCAUGUAAUGUGAAAUACAUUGAUUCAUAAUGUUUAAUCAAGACUAUACUAAAAGCCAGAUAUAAAACCCUCUGAGAGGGUCCACGUCGGACUGGAAAUUCGUCCAGUAAUAAUGCAGCAAAUAGCCACGUCAUCGGCGAGUUAAGUUGGUUUGGGCUGUUGAUGUUUUCGGCCUGUUUUAUUUGGAUGUUCUGAGCCCACUCUCUGCUGGCCCGUGUCUUAAGUGUUGUUGUCGUAACCCUAAUACGUUCUCCAAUCUUCCAUCUCUCUUUCUGACUUUCAUCUCUUCCAUCUCUCUUUUCUCCAAAUCUGUAAUCUUCCAUCUCUCUUUUCGACUUCCAUCUCUUCCAUCUCUCUUUUCGACUUCCAUCUCUUCCAUCUCUCUCUCCUCCAAAUCCGUUUUACUGAGUAAUAACGCCAGUAACUCCUCUAAUCAAAUCUUGGCUAAGCUCAUUCAAUGGAUCCUUUCGCAUUCCUCUCCAUUUUCCUAUUUAUAAAUCUGUUUUCUCAUCUUAUGUUUUCUAUCAAGAUUGAUAACUUUCUCUCUAACAUUCAUCACGAUGGACCACACCGGAAAAUCUCCGAUCUCAACCGACCGCAAGACCAGCGAGAAGACCGUCGACUCCUCCGCGUCUGUGAAACCAAACGGGAAGUCCAUUGCUACCUCCGCGACUGUGAUGAAACCUACCGAGAAGGCUGCUGUUUCGUCUGCCAAUCCGAUGAACCCAGAUGCUGCUACUGCUCUCUCCCCCGCGCAUGCCGACCAAGUGAUGUUGUUCAGAGAUGUUUCACACGGCCCACGCGAAGCUGACUUGAGGUUUCGUUUGAUUCACUUCUGGGAGGCUCGCAAUCCAAACACGAAAAUCCUGAUUGGACAAGAGAUGCUCCUUAUCGACGAAGAGGUUUGUCUUUUUAGCUUCUUCCUCUUGCUUUAAUAUUGGUCGGUUGAUAGAGUAUGGAUUUUUAACUCUUCCUCUUGCUUUAGUAUGAUAUUAAUCGAUGAUUUGUAUUUGUUCACAGGGAACCGUGAUUCAGGGUUUUAUCCCAGCCGGACGUGUUGGGAUAUUUGAUCUGGUAGCUGGUUCUGUGUAUAACCUGAGCAACUUUUUUGGAUCCAGGAGCAAAGAGCAAUAUCGGGUUGCUGAUCAUGUCGCCACCGUAUCAUUUUCUUGGAACUCUUCUUUGUCAGUGCUUGAGAACCCUCCGGUUUUGAUUCCAGACGAUAGGUUCAGGUUCCACAGCUAUGAGGAGUUUAGGGCCAAUUGUGACUCCAGGGGUGAUCUUUAUGGUAAGACAUGUUUGAUUAUUUAGAUUAUAUGACACAUUUGGUAUAUUAUGUGGGUUGAUGUUUGAUGUCUGCGUAUUUAAAUUGUUCUAUCUCAGAUUACGUUGGCCACAUGAAGCUGGUGAAUGGGCAGACUAUCACGGACCAUAUGAUUCUUGACGAAGUUGAUAUAGCAGAGAAGCGGCAUUUAUGUGUUCAUGUUCAGACACAUGAGUAAGUUUGUUCUACUGUUAUUGCUUUCAUUGUUUUGUAUGCUAUUUUUAACACAUGUUUUUAUGUUAUGUAGCGGACCGGUGAUGAAGCUUUAUCUGUGGGACAAGGCUGCUGCCGAUUUCUGCCAGAAAUUCAAGUCGUAUGGAAACACCCCAAGCGUUCUUUUGGUCACCACUGUGAACCCUAAACACCUUGGAGGCACCCUUGCUCUCACUUCUAUGUCGUCAUCUCGGGUGUUUAUGGAUGCCGAUGUUCAGCCUACUAAAGAUUAUCUUGCAUGGUUGAAUUCCAACUCUGAUAUUGCUAAUAGGGUUGUAGCUGAGGUAGUCACUAAGCCUGAGCCAGUUACUCUUGAAGAGCUAUUCUCUUACAUCAGGCAAGACUCUUCUAAGGUUGCUUGGUUUGAGUGCAUGGCGACUAUAGAUGAUGUUGUCCAGGGUUUUGCAUGGUAUUACAUUUCCUGCGGUGGAUGUAAUAGCAAGGCAGUCAAAGGGCAUACUUCUUUGAUUUGCAACAACAAGAAGUGUGUGAAGACUGAAGUCACAGGCGUACCUCAGUACCUCACGAGGAUAUCUGUGUAUGAUAAGACUGAGCAAGCAGUUUUUGUCAUUCUUGGUGAUGCUGGCAAGGAGCUGACUGGUAAACAUGCAGCAGAGUUGGUUGCUAAUUACUUUGAGGCUAAUGAUGGAGUAGGAGCUGAUCACCGCGUGCCUGUUCCGCAAGCUCUACUUGAUACAAUAGGGCAGACACGCAAGUUUAUUGUGAAGGUCUCGGAUCAUAAUCUGACUGGCAAGACUCAGACCAUAACCGUCACCAAGAUACUCCCACCAGACGCCCCACUGCGGUCGACUGUAGGUGUUGGGUCUGGUUCUUCAGGAAGCUCUGGAGAUACUGCAGCUGAUAAGAACAGAAAAGCCGUUGAGAUCCUUGAGGCAGAUGAAGCAAAACGUCCCAAGAGUGGCUAAUUGGUUUUCUACUUAUCUUCUUAUGCAGUGAUUGCUUUGUUGCCGCAUUCCAAGACGUUUUUUUAUGUUUCUCUUUUGGUUUUGUGUUUUUUUCCUUUCGGACUUCUGGCUUUUGACUUUUAUGUUUAAGUUUUUUAAUACAAUUUCGUUAUAUGGUUUCUUCUUAUCCUUCUGAGCAAUUUACAUAUUGUAUUAUAAUCUUUACAUAUUGUAUUGUGAUCUUUUAUGUAUUGUAUUUACCUAUGCUGCAAUUUGGUGUGAUGAGGACAGGUUGCUACGAGUCUUUUAAGUUUGUGAUUAUUCACAGACAUAAAGGAGGACAGCUCUAUCUUCUCAGGUUCGUUUCUUGGAGCAGAAGGUAGUAGUAAAGAUAAAACUCCACUUCUGACAUUUUUUGUUUACGAUACUUCCAAAAUUUAGGAAAAUUUUGAUUUGAUUGUUCCAAUUGUCUCAAAUGAUGCAGUGUGCAGAUGCUUGAAGAGGAGGUGAGAAUCAGAAGAAACUAAACGCUCACGUAUUGUGAAUACGCACACACGUUUAGCCAUUACUAACACCCACCAUUAAUCAUCACCAUGGAGCAUCAUCGCACGAGCAGUGAUCCAAAAAGACAGGAUUGACUUUGCGCUCCAUCUAUAUGCACCACUCUAUUUGCAUUGUUUUUUCUGAUUUAAUAUUUAUGCACUUUCUUUGUAUAUUAAUUAUUGGAAAAUUUAUAAUUUGCGUUCUCUAUUUUUUUUUAAAAAAAAACAAAUCAAUAGAUUUGUGCUAAAAAAGUUAUAUUAUCACAAUUUACAUUUUAGAUCUGUGCUAUUUAGACAUACAUAGCAUGGUGGAAACCUGAUCAAUUUAACAUAUUUAUUUGAAACAUGUUUUAGACAAAAAUAAGAAUAAUUAUAAUCAGAUUGCAUAUAAUUCUUAACAACGUUCCAACCCCAUGUUUUCGUUAGCAUUUAUAUAAAUCUAUAUAUAAAUACAUAUGCACGCAGAUGUAUGUAUAAAUACAUGUAUUAAAUGACUAUAUAGUAUCAAAUUAAUUAAAACUAUACAUCAAAUGACAAACUAGAAUAAGAUAAAAA